UUCUCACGGCCGAAAUCAUGUCUGAAAAAGCACCAGCCCAAGUUAAGAUAGGACAUUACAUUUUAGGAGACACGUUGGGUGUAGGAACAUUUGGAAAGGUGAAAAUUGCCACCCACCAGCUGACUAGUCAUAAAGUUGCUGUAAAAAUUUUGAAUCGUCAGAAGAUAAAGAGUCUUGAUGUUGUUGGCAAAAUUCGACGGGAGAUACAGAAUCUCAAACUGUUCCGUCAUCCACACAUCAUCAAACUGUAUCAAGUGAUGAGUACACCAACAGAUAUCUUCAUGGUGAUGGAGUAUGUAUCUGGAGGAGAGUUGUUUGAGUACAUCGUUAAGAAUGGCAAGCUGAAGGUAUCGGAGGCUCGACGUUUUUUUCAGCAGAUUAUAUCUGGAGUAGACUACUGCCACAGACACAUGAUAGUUCACAGAGAUCUAAAACCAGAAAACCUGCUGCUAGAUUCCAAUCUCAAUGUAAAAAUUGCUGACUUUGGUUUAUCAAACAUGAUGCAGGAUGGUGAGUUUCUACGCACAAGUUGUGGAUCUCCAAACUAUGCUGCUCCAGAGGUCAUAUCUGGAAAGUUGUAUGCUGGUCCAGAAGUUGACAUCUGGAGUGCUGGAGUAAUUCUUUAUGCCCUUCUUUGUGGAACGCUUCCAUUUGAUGAUGAGCAUGUCCCAACCUUAUUUAGGAAGAUCAAAUCUGGAAUAUUUGCAAUCCCAGACUACUUGAGUAAAGAUGUGGUUAGCCUUCUAACCCACAUGUUACAAGUUGACCCACUGAAAAGAAGUUCAAUCAAAGACAUCAGGGAACACCCUUGGUUUAAAAUAGAUCUUCCAGACUAUCUGUUUCCUUCACCCAAUGACCAAGACGCAACCAUUAUUGAUGUGGAUGUGGUGCAAGAAGUUUGCUCGAAAUUCGGCGUGGAGGAAAAUGAUGUUCACAGGGCCCUGUUAAGUGGAGACCCCAUGGAUCAACUGGCUAUAGCCUACAAUCUUAUCAUGGACAACAACAGACGUGGUGAAGAUGCUGGACAGGAAGUGACAGAUUUUUAUCUUGCCUCUAGUCCUCCUGGAGACCAAUUUCUUUUGGCAUCAAGUCCUAUGCGGGCUCACCCAGAGAGAAUGCCAGAAGCAAAAAAUUUGAGUCACACAUUGGAGGCUGUAGCAGAAAGAGGCAGACAACCUACUCCUUCUAAGAAAGCUAAAUGGCAUUUAGGUAUUAGAUCUCAGAGUAAGCCACAAGAUAUUAUGCAUGAAGUUUUCAGAGCAAUGAAGUCUUUGGAUUAUGAAUGGAAAGUGAUUAAUCCGUACCAUGUCAGAGUAAGGAGAAAAAAUUUGAUCACAAGUAACAGGUUAGUGGGAAAUUGAGUUUGAUGGGUAUGUCUAUUUCAAAACAAUUUCUGACACUUAUUUCUCAUACACAUUGUACAUACAGAUGUAGGCCUGCAGCAAAAGCUCAAAUCUUACCACUUAGAACUAAUUACAGUUUUAUUCAGUGUUGACAUAAAUCUUUAGAC